GACCAUGCACAAAGGUUGUCCCUCUUUUUUGCUUGCUUCAACUGUUUCCCAUCCCGAAUCAAAUCAAAGUGGUGUCAAAAGUCUGAGCGAAGGUGGCCAAAAUAAUAUCGCGUUACCGCAGCCAAAGACGUGCACACGUAAAGAGCGUCUCCACUGGAACGCGCUCUUCCUCAGGCGCGUGAGUCACGUGGGUGGGGGCCGAGCAGCAGGAGCAGCAGCAGCAGCAGCAGCAGCACCGGAGCAAGCUUCCGUUCGGCGGCCGUCACCUGUUUUGAGUGGAGCACCACAUCGUGAUUUCUGCGUUCAAUAGCCUCUCUGGUGGCCUUCCGUCACCAUGAUGGCCCCGCUGGCCGCGCGCCUGGCGCUGGUCCCCCUGUCUUGCGUCGUAUGGAUGAUGUACAGCUGCGCAGCCGGUGUAACCCGUCAUAAGCCAUGUGACACAAACCACGGAUGGAAUUCUCACGGCUCCAAAUGCUACAAGAAGAUAGACGCAACCAACGGUUGGCUGGGAGCUCGUCACGACUGCCUCUGGGAGGCCGGCGACCUGGUCUCCAUCACUUCCGAGGAGGAGGAAAAGUUUGUGAAGUCGCAAAUGGGCGACAAGCCGUUCUGGAUCGGACUCUCCAAUUUGGUCUGCGACAAGGACAGUUGUCAGAUUUUCGGAGCGGGAGAAAAGAGACUGAACUGGUCCGACACUGGUGUGACGCCGACCUACACCAACUGGGACACGGCUCAAGAUGGAAGCUCCGACGAUGAAUCCUGCGCGUACGUCAACCAAGGUGUGUACUCGAACAGUGGGCGUGGAAAGUGGAGACAUGGCUCGUGCAGAUCCUCAUUGGCGUACAUGUGCGAGCGGUCGCCCGACGACUGCCCGGACGUAUGGCCGUGUUCCUACAAAGACUUGGGUUACACUUACAGUCGAGUGGAGACUUCCGACUGCGACUCUGGCGAGUUCCUGUACAAGGACUCUUGUUACCAUUUUGAGGGGAGGAAAGUUAAUUGGCAAGCGGCUGAAGAUUUCUGCGAGGAAGAGGGAGGUCUCUUGGCCAGCGUUCACUCAAAGGUUGACGGACAGUUUUUGGCUGCUCACCAGCGAAUAGCAUGGUAUUCUUGGCUGGGACUCAAGAAGAACAAUGGCAAAUUUGAGUGGCGCGACGGAUCAUCUACAGAUGAUGUCCCGUGGCAUCUUCUUAAAUAUUCAGGUGACUGCACAAAAUUGACUGGUGCUGGAGAAGUUGAGAUCGACAGUUGUACUAGUCCCACUCGUCCAUCCAUCUGUCAAAAAGGCAAGGCCAGAGCUUCUCUUCCGCCUCUUCCGGCAUCAGCAUCAGACAAGAGUCCAAAGUGCGGCUUGUGGCGGGAGAACCCCGCCAACGACUUCUGCUACCUGAUCAACGACAUGGCCACCAAGACCUGGAAGGAGGCGCGAGACGAGUGCGCCCGCCGCAGAGGCAACCUGCUCGCCAUCACCGACUUACAGGAACACAACUUCAUACACGGGCUUCCGGCAAGCGGUUCCUCUUUGUGGUUGGACGCCAGCGACACCAAUGUUGAAGUCGGCAGCAAGCAGUCUGACGAAUCCUCACCGAGUUCCGUCCUUUUGGGCGCAAGUAACCCUGGUGACCCCCCCGGCCGACGCUGCAACUCCUUACUCCAUGGCAAGGGCAGCAUGGAAGUUGUCGAUUGUGAGAAGAAGAGCGGCUACGUCUGCAGGAGAAGAGGCAUUCAGACAUGUGAAAUGACCAAAGGGUGGCACAGCUUCGGCUCCAGCUGCUACAGGAAGAUGGAGACCACCAACGGUUGGCUGGGGGCCCGUUACGACUGCGUCUGGGAGGGCGGCGACCUGGUCUCCAUCACCUCGGAGGACGAGCAAAAGUUUGUGAUGGAGCAAAUGGGCGACAAGCCGUUCUGGAUCGGACUCUCCAACCUGGACUGCGCCGAGGUCUGGUGUCAGUUUUUUAAAGCGGGAGAAAAGAGGCUGACUUGGUCCGACACUGCUCUGACGCCGACCUACGCUAACUGGACCUCGAGUCAAGACGGAAGCUCCGACGAUGAAUCUUGCACGUACGUCAACCAAGGUGUGCACGUAGACAGUCAGCCUGGAAAAUUGAGACAUGGCUCGUGCAGAUCCUCCUUAAUGUACAUGUGCGAGCGGCCGCUCGACGCCUGCCCGGACGGACGGCUGUGUUCCUACAAAGACUAUGGAAUCGGCUACAAUCGAGUGGAGACUUCCUACUGCGACACUGGCGACUUCCUGUACAGGGACUCUUGCUAUCACUUUGAGGGGAUGAAGCGAACUUGGGAGGCAGCCGAGAGGUUCUGCGAAGAAUGGAACGGUGGUCACCUGGCCAGCGUCCAGUCACUGGUUGAUGGCCAAUUCUUGGCUGGUGAGCUUCAAGACAAACUGCCGAUCCCAGCUAUCGUCCCCUAG